CGGAGUGGAGCGAGGCAGCCAAGCCGAGUGAGUGGAGGGUCCGACCCUCUGAGAAGUCAGAACUGUGCACGUGGCAGGCUGGCUCCCCUCUUCUGCGACAAGGAUUACAUGUCUUUCAAACGCCCCUGCCCUUCUCGAUACAACCGUACAACCUACUUCUACCCGACGUUCUCGGAGAGCCAAGAGCACAGCCAUUUGCUCGUGUCUCCAGUGCUGGUGGCUAGCGCCGCCGUCGGCGUGGUCAUCAUCCUCUCCUGCAUCACCAUCAUCGUGGGCAGCAUCCGCCGGGACCGGCAGGCCCGGCUCCAGCGCCACCGCCACCGCCGCCGGCACCACCAUCACCAGCGCCACCCCGAGGAGUACGAGCAUGACUACGUGUCCGACGGGCACACUUACAGCCGCUCGAGCCGCAGGAUGCGCUACGCCUGCAGCGCCGCCGAGGACUGGCCCCCCGCCCCGGACCUCAGCUCCGAAGGGGAUGUGGACGCCACGGUGCUCCAGGAGCUGUACCCAGAUUCUCCUCCAGGCUAUGAGGAGUGCAUGGGGCCCGGGGCCACGCAGCUCUACAUCCCCACUGAUGCGCCCCCACCCUACUCGCUGACCGGCUCCUACCCCUCUCUGGAUGGCGACCCAGAUGCGGGCGGCGGCUACAGUCCCGGACGAUACCAGCAGGUGCGGAGGAUCCAGGGCCACAGUGGUCUCCGCACCAUCUCCAUGGACACCCUUCCCCCUUAUGAGGCUGUGUGUGGGGCCGGCCCCCCGGCGGGCCGGCUGCCGCUGCCAGGACCGGGGCCCAGGAGCGGCCAGGGCUCACCCGUCCCCACCCGGGCCCCCAUCUCUGGCCUGGAGAGGAUGGCGUGA